AUGGCACAGCCACCUGACCCUUACGGCGGAAAUCUUUAUGAAAUUCUUAAGAUAUGGGUUCCGACCCAUGGUGUUAUAAACGUUUAUCGAAAGCCUGGUCGUGUGGGCGGAGGUAGGAACAAAUUAAGCUGCGUGUAGAAAGUAAGCAGGAACGAUGGUUCUAACCCGACUAUUCCUUUUCACAGAGUACCAUGUCGAUAACGGAUUUUUACUGAAAGAUCCCGUUUCUUCAUACGGCAUAGAAACGUUGCGAAUUCUGGCCUCCCAUGGAAGUGUCAUUAAAAUAACAAGAGAUGGUAGCCUUCCAAAAGUUCAGAAUAAGUAUACAAUCACUCCUCCCGAACUAGCCGUGGACGCAUCCACAGUGAACGUCAAGGAUUGGUGA